UGUCCCCGGUGACCGUGUCCCUGUCCCCCAGGUGGACAAGGGCGUGGUGCCCCUGGCUGGCACCAACGGCGAGACCACGACCCAGGGGCUCGAUGGCCUCAUGGAGCGCUGUGCCCAGUACAAGAAGGACGGCGCUGACUUUGCCAAGUGGCGCUGCGUGCUGAAGAUCACGGCGCACACGCCCACGCGCCUCGCCGUCAUGGAGAACGCCAACGUCCUGGCGCGCUACGCCAGCAUCUGCCAGCAGAACGGCAUUGUCCCCAUCGUGGAGCCCGAGAUCCUGCCGGACGGUGACCACGACCUCAAGACGUGCCAGUACGUCACCGAGAAGGUGCUGGCAGCCGUGUACAAGGCCCUCAGUGACCACCACGUGUACCUGGAGGGGACACUGCUGAAGCCCAACAUGGUGACAGCGGGACACGCCUGUGCCACCAAGUACAGCCCCGAGGAGAUCGCCAUGGCAACCGUCACCGCGCUGAGACGGACGGUGCCACCCGCUGUCCCUGGGAUCACGUUCCUGUCGGGGGGUCAGAGCGAGGAGGAGGCCUCCCUGAACCUCAACGCCAUCAACCGCUGUCCGCUGCCGCGGCCCUGGGCGCUGACCUUCUCGUACGGGCGCGCCCUGCAGGCCUCGGCCCUCAAGGCCUGGGGCGGCAAGAAGGACAACACCAAGGCGGCCCAGGAGGAGUACGUCAAGAGAGCCCUGGCCAACUCUCUGGCGUGCCAGGGCAAGUACACCCCGAGCGGCGCCGCGGGGGCGGCAGCCAGCGAGUCCCUGUUCGUGUCCAACCACGCCUACUGAGCGCUGACCGCCGGUGGCCACCGCUGACCACUGCUGACCACCCAUGGCCACUGCUGACCACUGUCCACUGACCACUGCUGACCACUGCUGACCAUCCAUGAACUGCUGACCACUGCCUGACCCUCGUGUCCAACCACGCCUACUGAGCGCUGACCGCCCGUGGCCACCGCUGACCGUCUGCUGACCAUCCAUGGCCACUGCUGACUGUCCACUGACCACCCACGGACUGCUGACCAUCCGCUGACCACUGCUGACCAUCCAUGGCCACUGCCUGCUGACCAUGUCCAACCAUGCCUACUGAGCGCCCGCGGCCACCGCUGACCAUCGCUGACCAUCCAUGGCCACUGCUGACCACUGCUGACC